AUGUUACCAAAAUACAUUUCUCUGACAAUCAUUCUGACCUUGAUUUAUUGUCAUUCGGUUACCGCUAUUCCGUUCAAUUUCUCUAGCGAAAGUUCUGUUAACGACGCUCACGCAUUUAUUUAUGAUCAAGAAAAAGUACGUGGUGUGAAUCUUGGAGGAUGGUUGGUGCUAGAACCAUGGAUUACGCCGAGUCUUUUUGAACAAUUUGUUGGCGCCCCACAAGAAGCCGUCGAUGAAUAUACGUUCACACAGGUUUUAGGUUAUCACGAGGCUAAACAACAACUUAAUAAGCAUUGGUCGACAUGGGUCACUGAAAAGGAUAUAAUGACAUUGGCUUCUUAUGGAAUUAAUCAUCUUAGGAUACCUAUCGGUUAUUGGGCUUUUGAUAAGGUGCCUAGCGAACCAUUUGUCAAGGGUGCUUUCAAAUAUUUGUUGAAAGGAGUCAAAUGGGCCAAGAAAUAUAAUUUAAAAGUUGUUCUCGAUUUACAUUGUGCACCGGGAUCUCAGAAUGGAUUCGACAAUAGCGGUAAACGAGGUCCUGUUGGAUGGCAAACAAGCGCGGCAGAUAAUAUUCCACGUACUAUUAAAACCAUUAAAAUCAUGACUGAAAAGUUUAGUAGACCAGAAUUUAAAAAUACGGUCACCGCCAUCAAUGUUCUCAAUGAACCUGCUAGGAAAUUGGGGUGUGAUAUUUUAAUUGUAUAUCAUACGGCCUUUUUACCUCUAAAUACUUGGCAAGAUUUCCUAAAUUCUUUCGGAUUCGAUAAAGUUGUGUUAGAUACUCAUGUCUAUGCAGUUUUUGACUACUCUAUAUUGGCUUUGAAUCAAGAACAGCGAUUGAAUUUUGUUUGCUUAAAUAAAGUAGAUAUUACAUCUAAUCAAAAUGUUUGGACAUUGGUUGGAGAAUGGAGUCUUGCUAUAACCGAUUGCACAAAAUGGUUAAAUGGUUUUGGUCGUGGUGCGAGAUAUGACGGAACUUUUGAAAAAGAUCAUGGUCCUAUCUGUCCCAAUUGCACGUGUCAAGAUGAAGGCAAUUAUUUGAAGUGGUCGCAUGAUUAUAAAAACUACCUGAAACAAUAUGCGUCAGCUCAAAUGGAUGCUUAUGAAGCUGGAAUUGGUUGGAUUUUUUGGAAUUUUAAAGCAGAAAAUUCACCACAUUGGGAUUUCAUGCUUGGAAUAAAAGAAGGUUGGAUCCCACGUACAUCUAAGGAACGAACAUAUACUUUGUGGAUAAUGGAAAUUGACAGUAGCACAUCAUCGAAUGUUUAUUCAACUUCAACGAAUGAAGAACAUAAUGAAAAGUUAGUUCCAAAAUUUUGGGUCGACAAAUAUAAAAAAGAAGCUUCAAAGAAUUGGGAUUUAUUUUAUAAAAGAAAUACUACCAAAUUUUUUAAAAAUCGUAAUUGGAUUGGACGUGAAUUUUCAGAACUUUCAUUUGAGAAUGGUCUCAAGCAAGAAAAAAAAAAUCAUGAAAAAUACGAUAAUUUAAGAUGUCAUGCUUUUGUUUGUGACCUAACGACUGAUAGCCUAAAAAAUAAUAUACCAUCAGGAAAUAUAGAUGUUGUUUCUUUAAUAUUUGUAUUAUCGGCUAUACCACCAGAAAAACACUACGAUGUAAUACGUAAUAUAUCAGAGGUUACAAGAGAAGGAUCAAUAAUAUGUUUUCGUGACUAUGCGAAAAAUGAUGAAACUGAAAUUAGAUUUUCAACAAUAACAGCUCAGCAUAAACUACAAGAAAAUUUAUAUGUUAGACAAGAUGGGACGAUGUCAUAUUUUUUUACUCUUGAAUAUUUAAGAGAAAUAUUUAAAAAAGAUGGUUUCUUUGAACUGGUGGAUGAUGGUUAUGUUGCAAGAGAAACUGUUAAUAGAGCGAAGGGUUUAUGUGUCGAUAGAAAAUUUCUACAAGCAAGAUUUAGGAGGUUAUAA